AAGAGAGUGUUUGUUUUGGUCUUUCCAGAGUCAUCAAGCAGUGACAAGACGAUAAUCGACACUCACAUUUUACAUCAUGUGACUUUACCAGUUGGGGACAGGUGUGUGUUUUCCACAUCACACUGUCAGGUGAUAAUUAGCAUCGUCAGCAGCUAAAAGACCAACAACAACAAAACAUGUGGAAUGUUGCAUGACGCCAAGGUGUAGAUGUUGGAAGUCCUCACGACCAUAAAGACAGAGCCUGUUUGUCCCCAGCAUGCAAACAGAAGACCGGAGACCACCGAGCACGCUCACAAAACCACAACAGACUUCAAUGACAAGCUACCUGUGAGUGCACCUCCAUCAUGUCCUGCUUCCUUCUCUACCUGGCAGUGCUUGGCCUUCAGACAGGUGCUGGCGCAAUGGACUGGACUUUUACCAGGUCUGGAGAGAUGGACAUCACCGACUGUCCCAUCACAUACUUCGGACAAAAGUACAACAAAUUAUAUGCGGCGUUCAACGACAACCGCUUUGCACUCUGCUUCAACGGCGCCUACGAAGAGGGCGCCCAAAACGACUGCAUCGUGAUGUCGGGAGGGACGGCGGACAGAGGCAACUGGUCCGUACUCGCACACGAGAUACCAACGGGAUCCGGGGUCCAUAAGAUGUUGCCAGCACUGAAGCAUGCCGGGAAGUGUGUCAACGUGAUACCUUUGAAAGAUCAUCAAUAUUCUGAGAUUCAACAAGUGGAACUGGGCAACUUCGGAGCGCAAGCCAUUCUGGCUAUCAGGACUUAUUCUGGAUACACAGACACGGAUCUUGUGGCAUAUGCACAGGUAAAAGGCCAAACGGUUUCCAAGCACGUGUUUCAAGCCAACGAGACGAGCAUGGGCGUCAUCACAGACAUGAGCGGAUGCCGACUCUCAGGUUCUGUUUACAUGAUCAAUACCACCAUUAGAAACCCAGACGUCUGCGCUACCGUCACGUGCGACGUGAAUGGUCUCGCCACCGUGGUCAGCGAUUGUGUACCGAUGCACCACUGCCAAGGCAAUGGCAGCUGCGCCUUUGACGCCAUGUGCACUUUGACCGCCUCCACGGUCAUCGAUUUUGUCGGCCGCGUUCACACUGUGACUGACCGUUGCGGAUACACUCUGAUGAAGUCCGAGGCCGUCCCAAACAUCCGGAUCCAGGGCGUAUUCAAGGAGCGGCGCCGCAAGGACGUCAGCUUCUUGGACCAUGUGAUUGUGCACCUGGACAAGCAAGAUGCUAAGUUGAAGCUACUACAAGGUGGCCGAGUGGAGAUAAAUGAAAUUUCCCAAGCCCUCGACACCACAGCUACAGUUGUCCAUGGAGUGGAACUAACCAAGGGCCAGAGCGGAGUGACUGUUAAAAUAUCGCAGUCCAACUACACAGUUACAGUCUUCUUUGAUGGCAACACGGUGCAGAUCCACCUGAAGGGUGAAAGUGCAGCUGCCGUGCAUGGAUUAUGUGGAAAUUCCUCCGUGGAUUUGAGUGAGGAGAGAGUCUCAGAGCACAGCAUUGCUGGGUGUGAGACACAACAUGAAGAAGCUAAGGAUGGAAUGAUCAACUGCAACGCUUCGACUGAAUGGUGUCAACUCAUGUGGCAAGAUCCGUUCACUCGGUGCCACAUGCAAAUCGACCCUGAGCCCUUCGUUUCGGCCUGCAUCAGCAAUUUGUGCCAGUCCCCCGCAGUGGAUGGCCUCAAAUGCCACUUGAUGGAGGCCUAUGCCAGAGCCUGUCGCCAGCAAAACAACAUCACAGUGGAGGACUGGAGGUCGACGGCUGGAUGCGCUGCCGGUCCUGAGGCCAUGUGCCGGGACAAGUUCUGCAGCGAUCACGAGUUCUGCGGCGUGAGCUACGACGGAAAAGCUCAUUGUCUUUGCCGGGCUCUUCUUGCAUCAGACUAUAGAUCCAAAGACAAGUUUGGUGAGCCGGCAGUUUGCAGCCAUACAUCUGCUUCCGUGACCAUGUACUGUUGCCUUCUGUUGGAGAAGGGCAUCGACUACACAAGGCUACACCUCAACGACGAGAGCUGCAAAGGUGACAUUGACGAUAAGAACCACAUGGUGUCGUUCAACUUUGAUAGGGACCACACAUGUGGAGCAAUCAUCAAGGCAAACUCGAGCAAAAUAACCUACAAAAAUGUCAUCAUGACACCCAACAUCUCCAGUGUAGUGACACGUUACAGUAACGUGCAGAUGGAUUUCUCCUGCCAUUUUGACCAACCAGACCCAGAGGGCCUGUCCAUCAAAAUCAAAGACAGCCCAGUGAUUAAACACCUCACAUCAGGCGAGUGGGAUUACACCCUGACCCUGAGUGCAUACACCGAUCCCGGAAGAACACAACCCAUAGAGUCGAGUACAGGAGUUCUGCUCAAUGAGAAAAUCUGGGUGGAGAUCAAGGCGUAUGGAUUGGAGGGAAACGCCCUCGCUAUAGUGACCGAAUCCUGCUGGGCUACAGAUCAAUUGUCUUCAAAUGGGAGCAUUCGUUACGAUCUCAUCACUGCAGGAUGUCCUAAUCCUGCCGACUCAACGGUGGACAUUGAAGGCAACGGGCAGGGAACGUCCAACUACUUCUCCUUCAACAUGUUCAGAUUCUUGGGUAGAGACAGCGAAAUCUUCCUACACUGCAGAGUAGACCUGUGUGUGCAACAGGGAGACUCGUGCAUCCAGGUGUGCAACCCGGCAGCAAGGAGGCGCAGAUCUCUCCCGACCAUUGACGCCGAAGGAGAUCCUUCCAUAGUUACCAUGGCUUGGGCCUAAUCAGGCAAAGUUACACCCCCACCAACUUCAUCCUCCUCUCGUUGACAAUCUCUGAUUUCCCUGUGAGAUUCCUGCUGUUCUGCCAGAGUUUCUCUAACUGCUACGUUGCAAUUUGCGACCCUCUGGGCUACUCCACC